AUGAACAGGAAAAGAACAGAAGGAGUAGAGAGGCAGAAAAGAUACAACGAAAAGGAAAUAGUAAAGAAAUUCCUUGUGUCAGAGAAGGGCAUAGCAUUUCUAGUAGACCAUACUAAUAGAACGUCUUCAGAAGAGGAUGUCCGCCUUAAUGAGAAGCUGAUACGAAAAGAAGUAGAUAACCUCAUUGACUAUUACUUUGCAUGGAUACAUGGCCUCCCAGUCCGGAAGAGUAUGAACAUGAACAGAUAUGAAUUUAUAAAGUAUCUUGAAGAGUUCUGCAUGAAGAAUGACGUUAGUAAUCUGUUUGAGUUUCUGUUUAUUUGA